GCACCUCUAUGGUUCCAUCCCAUUUUGGCAAAUAGGGCGGAAAUAACUACUUCGGGCCGCUCUAGCCGGGCGCUCUGUGCCGCCCGUUGAACUUGUCGGUGUUCUCAAACCAUAGAGUCGACACCAAGGGUCAAAUAUAUUUAUAUUCGAUAACACUUUAUUGGUUUUAAAGGUGCUACCGGACUCAAACUUUGUCCUCCGUGACAGAAACAGCCCGAAAUUCGACGGCUCUACGAGACAGGAAGCGGCCCCGGAGUAACCUUUGCACCCGGAAACUAUCCCCGCUCGCCUUCUCGUGCCUCGGCGAGGAGCGGAGGUGGGGCGCAUGCGCAGUGCGGCGGCUCUGACCUUCAGCGGCCGUGGCCGGGCAGGCAGCUGGUGAAGGAGGUUGAAGAGGGAACGAAGGGAGGCCCGAAGCCGCCCCCUGCCCGGAGACUCGCCAUGCUGUCCCGAGGAGCAGUCGUGGCCGGCGGCGCCCUGCUCUUGCAGCCGCAAUGGGUCCAAGUUAGGAAUAUGGCAACUUUGAAAGACAUUAACAGGCGGCUGAAGUCUAUCAGGAACAUCCAGAAGAUCACCAAGUCCAUGAAGAUGGUGGCCGCGGCAAAAUAUUCCAAGGCGGAGCGCGAGUUGAAGCCGGCAAGAGUUUACGGAGUGGGGGCAUUGGCACUCUAUGAGAAGGCAGAAAUCAAGGUGGCCGAAGAUAAGAAGAAGCAUCUUCUCAUUGGGGUGUCCUCUGACCGUGGGCUUUGUGGUGCUAUUCACAGUUCGGUGGCUAAACACAUCAAGAGUCAGAUCUCGACCCUUACGAGCGCAGGCAAAGAAGUCAUGGUGAUCGGAGUGGGUGACAAGCUGAGAGGCCUGCUCCAAAGGACACACAGCAGUAACUUCUUGUUGAACUUCAAAGAAGUCGGAAGGAAGCCCCCCACUUUCGGAGACGCUUCCAUCAUCACCCUUGGUCUGCUAAACUCAGGAUACGAGUUUGACGAGGGAUCGGUCAUCUACAACCGGUUCAGGUCUGUUAUCUCUUACAAGACAGAUGAGAAACCCAUCUAUUCCCUCGAGACGGUUUCAGGUGCCGAAAGCAUCAGCAUCUACGAUGACGUCGAUGCCGACGUCCUGAGGAACUACCAGGAAUUCACGCUGGUUAACAUCAUCUUCUACUCUUUGAAGGAGGCCAGCACCAGCGAGCAGAGCGCUAGGAUGACCGCCAUGGACAACGCCAGCAAAAACGCUUCUGAGAUGAUUGACAAGCUGACCCUGACGUUGAAUCGCACUCGCCAGGCUGUCAUCACCAAGGAGCUGAUUGAGAUCAUUUCCGGCGCUGCCGCUCUGUAAAGAAGAGGAGCCGUCGCGUCCACAAGCGUAUCCCGCUUCCUAUCCAGAAAGACAAAAAUGGUUGGCCCGUCGCUCUGCGAAGAAAUAUUUUGUUUGUAAAGCAUAUUACAAUAAAGUCCGACAUGAAAGAG